CUAAGUUACACCGUUAGCGAUACUCAAAUAAGGCUUUUCGAUAAGGCAGACGAUGAUAUCCAGGAUAUGAAGCGGAACUAUUCGUGACGUCACUGGUGUUACAAACUAAGGUUGCGAUUGUUGGACAUUUGAAAUGAUGCGAACUGUUUCAUUUCUCAUUCCCUUUUACGGAACAUUUUUUGUUGCAUUUUCAUCAUCGUCCUUAAAUUUUCGGAAUUUGUUCAACGAAUCUGUCCCCAAUAAUUCGUUUUAUGACAAGAUCGUGGGUAUACGUCCGUUUAUCAAAGAAGCAACUUUAGAUAGACUUCGUAAAAAGAUAUGUGUGUACGUCAACUGUGAACGAAACGUACCUUUCUCUGCCAAGAACGUCACGGAUAGGGUCAGAAUAAUCAAACCAGCCCCAACUUGUAAGGUGGAAGGCACCAUUCUGUCGGAACCUUCAGAACUGACCAACGACACUACCUGUAUGAAAUUCAAGAUCCCUGCUCACAUAGCACAUAAUAGUUUAGCGAUAAACAAGGCGGAUUUGUUCAUUCACAUAAAAAAGAAGGGCAAGCGAAAAGCAAGAAAUUCUAGGAAAUCAAGAAAAAAUCGGAGGAUAACACUGAAAAUAUCAGAUUUCACGGUGGAAGCUGGACGUGGGAAAAAAAUAAAUGCCCGAUUCAAAUUCAGACCAUCUGAAACCAAGUUUUACCGGGUUGCUCUACCUGUUUCCUAUUUGACAGAGAUUAAAAAAUCCUCUGCAAGAAAUUUACAUUUGUGCAUUACUUGUAUCAAGUGUAAUCGCAAGACUGCUAUAACAUUUCCAUUGAAGAAAAAGGUGUUUCGUGCUCCAAAACGGAAGAUGAAGUUGAAGAAAAAUCGUCCAUACCUGAUCAUAAAGGCCAAAAAGCCUUUUAAGAAAAGGACAAAACGUGGAAAAAGUGUCGAAGAUUCCGACUGUCUUCAGCAAAAAUUUAUGCGGUUCUCGCAAAUAGGACUUGGUAAAGUAAUUUUGCGUCCAAGAGGAUUUUAUGUAACAACGUGUUCAAGGACUUGUAUAUCAAACGGCGUUGAGUUACCGGAAAUGCAAAGUGGUGUAGGUAUAUCAAACAAGAGGCGUUCAAAAAGCCAUGUGAUUAGAAAAAAAGAUAUCAGUGUAAGUCAAAAUAGUACCAACAUGGAUAUUGUCAUCAAAAGAAAAAUCUUGCUCAAUUCAUUCCACAGUUGCAGGCCUUCUGGCUACGAGCAUAGACAAUUUGUCGCCGUAAAGGAUGACUUAACGCUAUCUAAAAUUAAUGUACGUAUUCAAAACGCCGACGUCCAACGUUGUAAUUGUCAAAGACUGUGUGUUUAGGUUGAAUAUAAUAUCGAAGAAAAUGAUAUAUUCAAAUACUUUUUAAAUGAGGAUAAAGACAAAUCCGUAAAUAUGGCUAUGUCCAGUACACAUGCAUAUCAGAUAGCUUUGAAUCAAUAUUCUCUGACCGUCGCGUUUUGUGUCUCAAUCUUUUUUCUAGUAAAGUUGAUUACUUACCAUCUGUCACCGUUAAAGUUAAGGAUCCUCGACCCACUGCAAGCAAAAUAACAUUUUGUAUACCGACAGUAUCGACCCUUUACUUUUUUUGUUAUCGAUACAGUAUAAUGUAGUGGGACUAAGACUCGUACCUAUUGGUCAAUGCGAGGGUGCCUUGAACGGAGGUCCAUGAUUCGAAUCGUGUUCCGGCCACGUAUUCCCUUUACUCUGAGAAAACUGUCGUGAAUUUUUUGUAUUAUUUUUUUGUCACAAGGUAUUUGCUUUUGCUUCCUUUUAAUUUUCUGGCACAGUGAAAAAAAUAUAUCGCUUUUCUAGUUCAUAGAUAAUGACAGUGGUAUGGGGAUCCUCAAAGUUUAUAACCAUUUAAAAAAUGUACGUUACUUGUGCAAAUUCACUUUCAAACAUUUUUACCUGCAAAGGGAAACGUUACAUAGUAAUUGACUUAUUAAGAUCAAUUACAUGCUUAUCAACAAUUGCAUUCCACAUGUUCAGUAUUUCGCGUUGAAUGGUAAGUUUGAGAAAGGUUAUGUAAAUAACAGGUGAUAUUUAUUAAUAGUUUUGAUACUUACAAUUAUGUAACAUCCGCCUUGAUAUUGGUUCAUGUUGAUGGGCAAAACGUUUAUUGUCUCACUCUGUCGUUGAAUAGUGAUGAUCCGAUGUGUUGUUCAGUGACCACCUCAUUUGUACGCCAUUUUCACUCAUUCUACCCUUUUUGUAGACAUACAUAUGUGAAGGUAUGCUUUCCAUUAUAUAUUAUCAAACACUUUACUUAAAGACCUAUGAUGAAAUCAAAUGAAUACCGGUGUAACAAUAUCAACGUUAGGCAGUUGGGUUUUGUUUGUUUUACACUUUUCUUACAGCAUGUCUGGCAUUGGUUUAACUGAUGCGAUGUCUGAGAGUAAUUCAAAUGCAUUAUGAUUGUUCAGGAUUACGUUUUUGUGUUAACGACGCCGAAACAGUCAUUCCAUGUUUACAGGACGUUGUGAUAAAUAUUUUUUUAAAUACUUAGAGAUGAAAGAGAGUCCCUUUUCGCUGUUUUGCGAUAAUUUGGUUUAAUAACAAUCUUAGUAAGAUGAAAACACCUGCUUCACUGUUAUUUCAUACUAAAUUGCUUUCAAACUGUUCUUGAUUUUUUCUGCAAUAACUUCAUUUUAUGUAAAACUUAUUAAGUAAUUGUACUACGCCGCGAAAGACUUUUUUUGCGAACCAUAACACAAAGACAAAGUGUCUGUGAUUCCUGACAACCACAGAAACACUAUUUGUGAUAAAAGCACCCAAAGAGACACUGUCUGUGAUUAGUAUCACCAAAAAGAGACGCUGUCUCUGUUUAGUAUCACCAAAAGAGGCAUUUUCUGUGAUAAGAGACACUGUCUGUGAUAAGUAUCACCAAAAAGAGACGAUGUCUGUGAUUAGUAUCACACAAAGAUACACUGUCUGCGAUAAUUAUCACCA